AUGGGCCCCUGUACCGCCUCCUCAUGCUGCUGCCAGGCCCGUAAUCUGCCAUGGGCCCCCGUACCUACUCCUCAUGCUGCUGCCAGGCCCGUAAUCCGUCAUGGGCCCCUGUACCGCCUCCUCAUGCUGCUGCCAGGUCCAGAGUGUGUCAUGGGUCCCUGUACGGCCUCCCAUUGCUGCUGUCUCCAUCGCCACACUCUGCCAUGUGCCACUUUCAGGUCUCCUCACACUGCUGGUGGUUUCCAUUUUUGUCAUAGGGUGCUGUAUGGCCUCCCAUUGCUGCUGCCUCCACCGCCACACUGUGGCUCCACACUCUGGUUUUGGCCCCGUGACUGCCCAAAUGAGUGAAGUGUGCGGUGAUUCUAAGAUCGACGGCACUCAUCUGCAUGUCAUAUUAUUUCUCUUCCCCAGCAGACUCCAAGGGCAUUUAAAUUAAAGGUACAGUGUUCUGCACUAAUAUAA